AUGGAGGAUAGACUUAUUGGGUCUAUUGAUAUUGAGAAAUCUGUGAAAUCGGGAACUACUGUUUUCCAGCCAGGAUAUUUGGCUGAAGCUCAUAGAGGUGUCCUAUAUAUUGAUGAGAUAUCCCUUCUAGAUGAAGGGAUUAGUAAUCUUCUCCUGAAUGUUUUAACCGAGGGUGUGAAUGUUGUCGAACGAGAAGGAAUCAGUUUUCGUCACCCAUGCAAGCCCCUGUUGAUUGCCACCUAUAACCUAGAAGAAGGUGCUGUACGUGAGUAUUUAUUGGAUCGUGUGGCAAUUAAUCUAAGUGCGGAUCUUCCAAUGAGCUUUGAUGACCGUGUUGCAGCUGUUGGAAUCGCUACACAAUUUCAGGAACAAACCAAUGAAGUAUUUAAAAUGGUCGAGGAGGAGACAAAAUUAGCAAAAACACAGGUUCAGGUUGUUAAACGAUGCAGUUUUUCCUCAAAAUGCUGUGAGAUCCCUGAACAUCCUGUUGUGAAAGUUGUAGGCAAUUACCAGAGCAGAUCUAAAUUUUGGAUUCACAAUUAUAAGGAGUAUGCAGUAGGAGAGUUAUGUAAGCUUUACACUGCAGUAUAA